UGUAACCAAAUUGGAGCUCCCAGAACCCUUCAAUGGCGAAGAAGAAGAAGCAGCAGAGAACAUAUGCAGAGGUCGAACCAGAACUGAACGGCAAAAAUGGCGACAGUGAUGAUUCUCACAAUAAGAAGAAGCUAAAGAAGAAGAAGACAAGCCAGAUACCCACAGUCAGCAUAGCUGUGCCUGCUUCCAUCAUUGACAACGUUCCAACUCUCGAGCUCGCUACCCGGUUGGCUGGUCAAAUCGCUCGUGCCGCAACUAUUUUCCGAAUCAACGAGGUGGUUGUGAUUGACAAUAAAAACAACCCAGAUAAAGAUUCCAUGCUGGAUAACUCAGAUGAUGAAAGUAGUGCAGCUAUUCUCAUGCUAAUCUUGCAGUAUCUUGAGACACCUCAGUAUUUGAGGAAGGCUCUCUUCCCAAUGCAUAACAGCCUAAGAUUUGUGGGCCUGUUGCCACCCCUUGAUGCUCCACACCAUUUGCGCAAACAUGAGUGGGGUCCAUACCGGGAAGGUGUCACAAUAAAAGAAAGAGAUUCAAACUCUGUGGCUACACUAGUCGAUGUUGGUUUAGCUAAGCAUGUUGUAGUUGACCAAAUACUUGAACCACGAAGAAGAGUUACUGUGGCCAUGGGUGCCAACCGCAAUGUGGAUUCUGCUCCUGCAAGGUGUUGCCCCUCUUAUUGUAAGCGCGCGCGUGUCAACUUAAAUACCAUUUUCUUCUUCUUGAUUGGAGAAAUAUGCUUCCUAUUUGACAUUCUUCCUUUGUGCCUCGUGAUAACACAUAAUGAUUUACCACGCCAGGUUGUCUCAUCAUCCAAGCCUAGGGAAGAAGGAACAUAUUGGGGAUACCAAGUACGUUAUGCGCAUAAUAUUAGCUCAGUAUUUAAGGAUUGUGCUUACAAGGGUGGCUAUGAUUAUGUAAUUGGUACAUCUGAGCAUGGUCAGAUUCUUAAGUCAUCUGAUCUUGUAAUACCUUCUUUCAGACAUUUAUUGAUUGCCUUUGGUGGACUGGCUGGGUUGGAAGAAAGUAUUGAAGAAGAUAAUAACUUGAAGGGAAAAAAUGCACAGGAUGUAUUUAAUUUAUAUUUAAAUACAUGUCCACAUCAGGGGAGCCGAACAAUUCGAACAGAGGAGGCUAUUUUUAUCUCUCUUCAGUACUUCCAAGAACCAAUCAACCGAGCAUUGCAGGGUUGAAUAUUGUUGUGGUCUUGAAAUUUAUAUAGUUCAGGCAUUGAUUCUCCAAAUGAUGGCCGAAACUGAGACGCGGGCAGUAGUUCAAAAAAAAAAAAAUAUUGAAAAUUGCCCCUCUACCUCAUCCCAAACUGGCCAUUAUGUUGCUGGGUUCUGCGUAGAGACUCUUUUGGAAGUUGUAAUACCAUGGUUGUAAAACUUGCCUCUAUAUAUGUAAUUUAGACAUGUGAAUUGCUAUUGAAUCAUUUGGAUAACUGCUAUUGCAUCGGAAUGAAUAGAUGUUUAAAGUAAGGGUUUUAUUUUUCUUGCAUGAGACAAGUUGU